CCUCGGCGCGGGGGAUGUGCCCCGCCGCCCCGCGCCCAUGGUCCUGACGCUGCUGGUCUCCGCCUACAAGCUGUGCCGCUUCUUCGCGAUGUCCAGCAACUCCGGGCCGAGCGCGGACCGGCUGGCCGUGCCAGGGACGGAGGGCGGCGGCGGUGCGGGCCCGUGGUGGGCGGGAGGGGGCCGCGGACCCCGGGAGGUGUCGCCCGGGGUGGGCACGGAGGUGCGGGACGCCCUGGAACGCUCCCUGCCCGAGCUGCAGCUGGCGCUCCUGGCGCUGAAGCAGGCGUGCGGCGUGCAGGCCGUGGGCCUCGGACUGACCGAGGUUUUCCAGCUGGUGGAAGAGGCCUGGCUGCUCCCGGGCGUGGGCCGCGAGGUGGCCCAGCGUCUCUGCGAUGCCAUCCGCCUGGACGGGGGGCUCGAUCUGCUGCUGCGGCUCUUGCAGGCGCCCGAGCUGGAGACGCGCGUGCAGGCCGCACGCCUGCUGGAGCAGAUCCUGGUAGCGGAGAACCGGGACCGAGUUGCGCGCAUAGGCCUGGGCGUGAUCUUGAACCUGGCGAAGGAGCGCGAGCCGUUGGAGCUGGCACGGAGCGUGGCCGGCAUUCUGGAGCACAUGUUCAAGCACUCGGAGGAGACGUGCCAGAGGCUGGUGGCGGCCGGCGGCCUGGACGCCGUGCUCUUCUGGUGCCGCCGCACCGACCCGGCCCUGCUGCGCCACUGCGCCCUGGCCCUGGCCAACUGCGCGCUGCACGGCGGCCAGGCGGCCCAGCGGCGCAUGGUGGAGAAGCGGGCGGCCGAGUGGCUCUUCCCGCUGGCCUUCUCCAAGGAGGACGAGCCCCUGCGGCUGCAUGCCUGCCUCGCCGUGGCCGUGCUGGCCACCAACAAGGAGGUGGAGCGCGAGGUGGAGCGCUCGGGCACGCUGGCGCUCGUCGAGCCGCUGGUGGCCUCGCUCGACCCCGGCCGCUUCGCCCGCUGCCUGGUGGAUGCCAGCGACACGAGCCAGGGGCGCGGCCCCGACGACUUGCAGCGCCUGGUGCCCCUGCUGGAUUCCUCGCGCUUGGAGGCCCAGUGCAUCGGGGCCUUUUAUCUCUGCGCCGAGGCUGCCAUCAAGAGCCUGCAGGGCAAGACCAAGGUGUUCAGCGACAUCGGGGCCAUCCAGAGCCUGAAACGCUUGGUUUCCUACUCCACCAACGGCACCACCUCCGCACUGGCCAAGCGGGCACUACGCCUGCUGGGUGAGGAGGUGCCAAGGCCCAUCGUGCCCUGUGUAGCCAGCUGGAAAGAGGCUGAGGUUCAGACUUGGCUGCAGCAGAUCGGCUUUGCUCAGUAUUGCGACAGCUUCAGGGAGCAGCAGGUGGAUGGAGAUCUACUUUUGCGGCUCACGGAGGAGGAACUCCAGACUGAUCUGGGCAUGAAGUCAGGCAUCACUCGCAAGAGAUUCCUCAGGGAGCUCACGGAACUCAAGACCUUCGCCAACUACGCCACAUGCGACCGCAGCAACCUGGCCGACUGGCUGGGCAGCCUGGACCCCCGCUUCCGCCAGUACACCUACAGCCUGGUCAGCUGCGGCCUGGACCGUUCCCUGCUGCACCGCGUGUCCGAGCAGCAGCUGCUGGAGGACUGCGGCAUCCGCCUGGGCGUGCACCGCACCCGCAUCCUCGUGGCCGCCAGAGAAAUGCUGCACUCCCCACUGCCCUACACUGUUUGCAAACCCAGUGGAGACACUCCAGAUGUCUUCAUAAGCUACCGCAGGAACUCAGGCUCCCAGCUGGCCAGCCUCCUGAAGGUGCACCUGCAGCUACAUGGAUUCAGUGUCUUCAUUGAUGUGGAAAAGCUGGAAGCAGGCAAGUUUGAGGACAAGCUCAUCCAGAGUGUCAUGAGUGCCCGCAACUUUGUGCUGGUGCUGUCAGCUGGGGCAUUAGACAAGUGCAUGCAGGACCACGACUGCAAGGACUGGGUACACAAGGAGAUCGUGACAGCACUGAGCUGUGGCAAGAACAUCGUGCCUAUCAUUGAUGGCUUUGAGUGGCCAGAGCCCCAGGCUCUGCCUGAGGACAUGCAGGCUGUGCUCACCUUCAACGGCAUCAAGUGGUCCCAUGAGUACCAGGAGGCCACCAUUGAGAAGAUCAUCCGCUUUCUGCAGGGCCGCUCCUCCCAGGACUCAUCUGGAGGCUCUGAUACCAGUGUGGAAGGUGAGCUGGUCCAAGUGGUUGAGGAGCGACUCUCUAAGUAGCAAAACUCUAAACCACAUACCUUUGCCAACUGCAGACACCUUGCAUGGUGUCUGUCUCCGCCAGAACUGUGCCAGCUAGUGCCAUCACCUACCACUGACAGAGAGGGAAACUGGGGCUCACAGAGCUUGGAGGACGUGCUCUGAUACCAGGUCCUAGUGGCAGCCCCAGGAUCCAGCCUGGUGCUUCCCUGCCCAAUACUGGGCAUAACCGCCCUCAGGCUCAUCCCCAAGGCUGCAUUGUGGCCAUGGCCUCUCCCCUGUCCCCAGGAACUUGGUUUCUUUCAGGGGGGCAGGCUUUCACAGCCCAGGCACCUCAGGACUUAGCAAUGUGCCCUGCCCACCUUCAAUCUCCCCAUAAGAAACUCCAAGAAAGCCUUCAUUCCAGCAAUGGAAACACCCACUGCUGCCCCACCCAUCCUGGUCAGAGCUCACACCUCAAGGUCUGCUCUGCUUCCAGAGCUGCUCCCAGGGGUGCUGCUGACCCAUUACCUCUGGCUCUUGGGGAACUCAAAGGUUUCACUCUGAGUUUGGGGCCCCAAUCCCACACUAAACAGGCCCCCCAACUCUGUCUUGGGCUGCACUUGCUUCUCCUUCCUUCAUGCCACAUGGUGCCUGCCGGACCGGAUGGAGACCAAGCCGGGUGGACGUUGUCCAGAGCAGAGACAGGAAUACAGCAAUACAGCGUGCUGAGAA